GUUUACUUAAAAGGCCUCUUAAGUGUACUUUCUUGAAUGAAUUGGGCCGACUUCUGCUACUAGUGUGAAGUUUGGGCUUUCCUCCAAAAAUAGGCCCUACUUCUUCAAGCCCAGAGUCCACUUCAUAGCGUCAUACAUGGAGACUUGACUGACUGACUGACUAUCAGUUUCACAAUGACAAGGACAAGAAAACCGGCCGGCCUUGGCUGCAACUUUUUCCAAGCAAACUCAAACAUACUCAAAAUCAUCCCACCUCGCUUGGGAACUAUUUUAGAAGGCAGAGGUCAGCCACCUCCUGAUCAUCGUGGAACGGCGGAAUAAAAGAUGAUGUCGCGACGCGUACCUUGUCCUUCACUAUUCGUUUGCAAGCAGAGUUGUGGAUCAACACCGGCUCUGCUGCCAGCCCACACCAACUGACCAACAUCACUACCGACGGCAAGCAGCCUAUUAGAAGAUCGGCAGCUGACUAUAUAAAAAAGCAGAUCCUCUGCUCGCUCGCUCGCUCUUAUUCCGGGGGCAGAAUUUAGAUCAGAAAGGGAACACACUGAAAAACACAGAGACUUUGCUUUCCUUUUUCUUCCCUGGGCUGGGGCUUGGAGUGGAGGUGGAGCAGCAGAAGCUCAUCAGCUGAAAAGGACGGAUCAUUAAUAAAGACCAGACCAGACCAGACCAGGAGUUCUAUCUGUGCAUAUAACAUCAGUGCGCCUCUGGCUGUGCGCAGAAGCUAUAUAUGAAGUGAACCGAAAUGCCUUUGGCGAGCGAGGAGUGGCGGAAGGGACUAAUGGAAAGGUGGUGGAAUUAUUAUUGGGCGCCGGUGGGGAUAGCGGUGGCGGUCGUAGUGAUCGGGAGCCUGAGAUGGGCGGCGAAGAGAGGGAACGUGUGGUGGCAAGAGUCGGGGCUGCCGGAAGAAACGCGACGGCGGCUGCCUCCGGGGGAUUACGGCUGGCCACUCAUCGGCAACAUGUGGUCUUUCCUUUCGGCUUUCAAGUCUCAUGACCCCGAUUCCUUCCUCCGCACUUUCACCAACAGAUAUGGAGGACGUGGGCUUUACAAGUCCUUGAUGUUUGGAAGGCCCAGCGUGUUCGUAACAACCCCGGAAGCAUCCAAGCGAGUGCUAAUGGAGGACGAAGCCUUCAAGCCCGGCUGGCCCACCUCCACGGUGGAGCUAAUGGGCAAGAACUCCUUCAUCGGCAUCUCCUGCGAAGACCACAAGCGGCUCCGUCGUCUGACCGCCGCCCCGGUCAAUGGGUACGAAGCCCUCUCCCUCUACAUGACCUUCAUCGGAGAGAACGUCGCUGCCGCGCUGGAGGAAUGGUCUUUUGCCGGGGAGCCCUUGGAGCUACUGACCCAGCUCCGGAAGCUCACGUUCAGGAUCAUAAUGUUCAUCUUCCUCAGCUCCGAGUGCGAGGACGUCAUGGAAACCUUGGAGAGACAGUACACCACGGUCAACCAUGGAGUCAGAGCCAUGGCUAUCAACCUCCCUGGUUUUGCUUACUACAGAGCUCUCAAGGCGCGUAAGAAAGUGGUGGAUGUGCUGCAAUCGGUCCUAGAUGAGCGCAGAAGCAGAAUCAAACAGGAGGAUGAGAGUGGGAAGCAGCAAUUGGGAAAGAGCAAGAAGGUGGACAUGAUGGAUGAAUUGAUGGGCGUAGAAGAUGAGAAUGGGUGGAAGCUUAGAGAUGAGGAGAUCAUUGAUGUUCUGUUGAUGUACUUGAAUGCUGGCCAUGAAUCCUCUGCUCAUGUCACCAUGUGGGCAAUGGUGUUACUCCAUCAGCACCAUGAUUGCCUUCGCAAAGCCAGGGAGGAGUCGGAGGAAAUCGUAAAGCGAAGGCCAAUAAAUCAAAAAGGCGUGUUGACCCUCAAGGAAAUACGCCAAAUGGAUUACCUAUCUAAGGUGAUAGAUGAGACACUUCGAUUCAUAACAUUCUCUCUCGUUGUAUUCAGAGAAGCGAAAACAGACGUGUAUAUGAGUGGUUAUACGAUUCCCAAGGGUUGGAGGGUAUUAGUUUGGUUCAGAGGUGUUCAUUUGGAUCCUGAGGUAUACCCGAAUCCAAGAGCAUUUGACCCUUCCAGAUGGGAUAAUCUGACACCAAAGGCGGGUACUUUCCUUCCAUUUGGAGCAGGAAGCCAUAUGUGCCCUGGAAACGAUCUUGCCAAGAUCGAAAUUGCUGCUUUCUUACACUAUUUCCUCGUUGGCUAUGAGCUGGAGCUCGUGAAUCCAGAGUGCCCCUUACAGUACUUGCCUCACCCGCGACCAAAAGACAACUGUUUGGCUCGUAUCAAAAAGAUAUCGCAACAUGGGUAGUCAUCCUUCUCCUCCUCUCCAUCGUCAUCCUCUGCUUCCUGCUAGGGAGAAAAGAAUCACAUUGCACAGGUGGUAUGUGUGGCAUGUUAGGUUGUGGUACGAUUGAUGGUGCUAGGCUACCCAAAUUCUGUUUGUGGAACGGAAUAAUGUAGUAGGUGGUUCACUGCUGAAAAAGCUCACGGGUACCAAUGUGUGUUAGGUAUCAAUGGUUACUCGUAGUAAAUAAACAACUUGUGAUCUUUGUUACCCCCUGUACUCUCGUGGUUGAGAAUGGAUCACAAUUUUCAACUGAAUCGCUUGGAAUCUGCUAAAGCAAAAGGAUUAAUGUUACUAACAUGGAAGCUAAAGAAACCCAUUUGGAGCCCAAUUGAAU